GAAGUCCCGCCCCGGAAGUUGGAUAGUCAUGGCGGCACUUAGGAGGCGGUGGCUCACGGGGCUGCUAGCGGCGUUGCGGACACUGCCCACGCGCCGGCUCCUGCAAGUCGCGACCUUGCAACGGGAUGUGCUGCUCUUUGAGCACGAACGGGGCCGCUUCUUUACCAUCCUUGGGCUGUUCUGCGCGGGCCAGGGCGUCUUCUGGGCCUCCCUGGCUGUGGCAACCGUGUCCCGGCCCCAUGUCUCGGUGCAGCCUCAGGAUGAGGAGGUCCCAAACCAUGGCCGCGACCUGCGCUCUGCGCUUUGGCGCUACGGUCUGGCAGUCGGCUGCGGCACCAUCGGAGCCCUGGUACUUGGUGCUGGUCUUCUCUUCUCUCUCCGGUCUGUGCGCUCAGUGGUGCUUCGAGCUGGAGGGCAGCAGGUGACCCUCACCACUCAUGCCCCCUUUGGCUUGUGGGCCAAUUUCACAGUUCCUUUGAACCAGGUAUCCUGCAUGGCCCACCGGGAUGAAGUUCCUGCCAUGCUACCUCUGAAAGUCAAAGGCCGGCGCUUCUAUUUCCUCUUGGACAAAGCUGGACGCUUCCCUAACACAAAGCUCUUUGACAAUACUGUGGGUGCCUACCGGAGCCUGUGAAGAAACAACCUCGAUUCACUCACCUCUCCAAGAGAGGCAAAAAAACGGAACCUUGGAGAGCCAGGUGUGUUCACACCUAUUGUAAUCGUAGUACUUUGGGAGGCUGAGGCAGGAGGACUGCUUGAGCCCAGGUUGAGAACAGCCUGGGCAACAUAGCAAGACCUUGUCUCUAUUUCCAAAAAAAAAAAAAAAAAGACAACCUUAGAGAUGGAGUAACAACCAGGGUCUCGCAAGGAGGGCCCAAGAUUCAUUAACAAAUAAAGGAGCAGUCAUCCCUAGGGCAGCUGCUGGACAGUA